AAGUUCAAGAACUACACAAGGGUGUCCCCAGAGAUGUUUGAUGACCUGUUGGUCAGGCUUACACCCCACUUGCAGAAAAAGGACACCCACAUCAGGAAGGCCAUUCCCCUGGUCUCAAGCUGUCCGUCUUCCUGCGCCAUCUCGCCAAUGGGGCCACCUAUGCCGAGCUGUCUUUCAACUUCCGAAUGGGCAAGGAAACCAUCCAGAAGUUUGUCCCUGAUGUAGCCAGAGCGGUAGUGGAUGAGUAUGCUACAGAAGUCAUCUCCCUCCCCACAACCAAUGAAGGCUGGCUUGAGGUUGCAGGUGAUUUUGAAGCCAGAUGGAAUCUUCCUCACUGUCUGGGAGGCUAUGACGGAAAGCACAUCCGUCUCCAGAAGCCCAACAAAUCAGGCAGCCUUUACUUCAACUACAAGCAGUUCUUCUCGGUUGUCCUGAUGGCUCUGGUAGAUUCAAAAUACCAGUUCCUUUGGAUCGAUUGCUUCCUUGGCCAGAUGAGACAGGAACCAGACACAGUCCGCCUGCUCAUUGAAGCUGCCGUCAUGCUGCACAACCUCAUCAGGAAGCACUAUCAAGCAUGGGACGUCCGCAUGUUGGACCAGGAGGAUGCCCAGCACAACCUCAUCCCUAGAGCUUGGAGAACUGCCGCCAUCACUGUGAGAACGUCCUGCGAUGCCGCCCUGCUGUUAUAG